AUGUCGUCCAUCAUGUUCGGAUCGCCGUCGAUGAAAGACGACUCGAGCUUUCUACACAAAAUGGAUUACUCAAUGGGUCCAGAUGCAGAUAAAAUACAACUUAUACUGGAUGAAAUUUGUGCACAUUCAAAAAAAGAAAUCCUAAAAGUACAACGCAAUCUAGAUGUUAUAUAUGGAACUGAUUCAGAUGAAAAGAAAAACGGCAUAAACCAAUUUCAUGAACAUUUUAAAGCUCAUAUAACUUCAUUUUUGGAUGAAGUUGUUAUGGAAUCUGACAGAGACAAGAAUAAUAUUAUAAAAGAUAUUGAGGAAUUGUUAGUUGAAAAGGAACUUUUAGAAAAGGAACUACAAAUGCAUAUUUCAAUUGAUGACCACAAUGAUGCCACUCCAUUGAUUGAUGUUCAAAUAAAUAUUGAUAAGUCUUUACAAGAAUGUAGAAAAAUAAAAGAACAACGCAUGUUAGAACUUAAUAGACUUCAAGAAGAAGAAAAACAAAUUUGUCAAUUACUUAAUGAAAAACCUAAAUACUCGGGCAUUAAAGAUAUGCCUUCUGCAACACUGCUGGAAAACAUCAAAAGUCAUCUUAUAGAUUUAACAAAUACUCAAAUUAAACGUAGAUCUACAUUUGCUGAACAAAAAUCAAAAGUUGAAUCGUUACUGGCAGAUCUAGGAGAAAUACCAAUUUUACAAUUUGAUAAAAUGGUGUUGGGGGAUCCAAACGAGUUUCAGCUGUCAAAAUCUAACUUGGAUGAACUUCAAAAAUUGAUAAAACGCUUGGAAAAUCAAACAGAAAAUCAAAAAUGUAUGGCCAUGGAAUUAAGAACAAAAUUAAAUUCAUUGUGGGAUCGCUUACAAAUUGAUGUUACUUAUAGAGAACAUUUUGUGAGUACAAAAAAAGGAUUUGGAAAAUCAGUUAUACAAGAGCUAAAAUUAGAAGUUGAAAGAUGUGAGACCUUAAAAAAAGAAAACAUCAAACAAUUUAUUGAAAAGUUACGUAGUGAAUUAAAUGACUUAUGGGAUAGAUGUCAUUUUGGUGAACGUCAAAGAAAACAGUGUCCUGUAUAUUAUAGCACUGAGUAUAAUGAAGAUGUAAUGGACUUAUUAGACAUCGAAGUUGAUAAUGCUAAAAAAUUCUAUAAUGAUAACAUUUCUAUUUAUCAUUUGUUUGAAGAAAGAGAACAUUUAUGGAAUAAGAUGAUUAUGAUGCAAGAACAAGCUAAUGAUCCAGCAAGACUUUGGCAAAACAGAGGUGGCCAAUUACUUAAAGAAGAAAAGGAAAGAAAAAUUAUACAAAAAGAACUACCAAAAGUAGAAAGAGAACUAAAGAACCAAUUGCAAUCAUAUGAACAAAGAGAAAAUAAAAUAUUCUACUAUAGAGAUGAAAGAUUAUUUGAUUUUAUUGAAAGGCAGUGGGAUGAAUUGAAAAGCAAUAAGAAAAUUUUACAACAAACAAAGUCCAAGAUACAAAGUGGAACAAAACAGCCUCAAACGCCGCUAACAGCCACUCGCAGUAAAAGAAAGAUAGUCGGUACAUCAAGCAACCAAGCUUCUAAGGUCCGUAAAAUCGGCAUGGACCAUAAAGCUGUGGUUACUCCAAGAAGACAAUUGUUUAAUUUUCAUAAUACUAAUGUAGCUACGUUAGUUCCAUUAAACUCUACCAAACUAAAUGAAGUAAAUCUAACUACAACAAGACAACAUCCAACCUUCCAUGGAUCCAAUGAUGAAAAUGGAUCUGUUGAAUCUUAUGCAACCUUCCAGGAACAUCUUGAAUCCAAAAAACAUAGGUUGUUUACAAGUCCAACUACUAAAAGUGUAUUGAGGGAACCAAAUGCAACAUUUACUACACCCAGGAAACCAUUAAUGAAGACCCCUGUUAAAGGAUCUCAAAUUCCAAUACCAACCACACCUAAAACGCCAUUACGCACAACACCAAGAAUGACGCCCAAUACACGCACAGUUACCAAACUAACGCGAACUAUAAACAACAAACUUCCAAUCAUUUUUUAA